AUGGCCAGCGUUUCGGCCGAGCCUGUGUCGCCAGUCCGCCUGGUAAAACCUGAGCUGACUUUGUCCGCCGCUCCGAUCAACAAUGAGCCUGUCGAGCUCGAUAGCACGCCAACUUCCUCACUAGAGCACAGACGGAACUCAAGGGCGGAUACGCUUGAAGACAUGACUUCUGAAGACCGAGAGGCAAGGCCGGUAGUCCUCGUCGACAGCAUACUUGUACUGACUUCCUCACAGAAACGCGCACAACUCAUACAUGAGCGACAAAGUGACCCUGCGGUCCUAGUAGAUAUCCCACAAACUCCAGGGCCGCAGGAGCUCGAGAAGUCUGGCGCGACAAUUCCGGAUGCAACAACGUAG